CUAAAUCUUUAUCACAUAAUAUUAAUAUCUUUUGCCCUGUGUAUUUUUGUUUUGUGUUCAUGAAUAUGGUUGCCGCAUACAUUAUUUUGGUCAAGUAGUAUAUUAUUUAUAACUAAGAGAUGUUAAAACUAAGAAUAAUCCCACAAACCACAUCAAUCCUAAAACGCGCUAUGUGCACACAAGAACAGGAUGUACUAUUCGAAAAUCUUAACAACGCUGGCAUUAUCACAUUAAACAGGCCAAAGGCUUUAAACUCACUCAACGCGUCCAUGGUAACUAAAUUAUUACAGCAACUACAAGAAUGGAUGAAUGCAAAGAGUCUAGUCAUCGUAAAAGGUGCAGGUGAGAAGGCCUUCUGUGCGGGCGGAGAUGUUAAAGCAGCUAUAGACAAAAUUGAAGGGCCAAAAUUCUUCUACACAGAAUACAAUGUUAAUUAUCUUAUUGGGAAGUACAAGGUGCCGUACAUUGCGUUUAUGAAUGGAAUUACUAUGGGUGGAGGUUUAGGGUUGUCGGUACAUGGUCGGUAUAGGGUUGCCACUGAGAAGACGUUGAUAGCUAUGCCGGAGACUAAGAUUGGAUUGUUCCCUGAUGUUGGUGGAUCCUAUUUCCUGCCUAGGCUUCCUGUAAAUCUUGGCCUCUAUUUGGGCCUAACUGGUGACAGAUUAAAAGGCAAAGAUGUAGUGAAGGCUGGUAUUGCAACACACUUUGUACCCAGCAAGCGUCUCUAUGAGUUGGAGAAACUACUGUCCCGGUGUGCGAGUGAGGUGGAAGUCCAGUCCCUUCUGAACAAGUUCCAUGAGCCGGCGGAGGAUUUCUCACUUGCACCGAAUAUUAAACACAUCAAUUAUUGUUUCGCCGCAUCCACUGUGGAGGAGAUUAUCGAGCGAUUGGAGAAGGUGCAGAACGAGUGGUCUGUGAAGACUAUUGAGACGCUGCACCAAAUGUGUCCAGGCUCGCUGAAGAUAACACUGCGGGCGCUGCAGCGCGGCGCACAGCUCGAGCUGCCGCAGUGCUUGCGGAUGGAGUACCGCCUCGCCUGCCGACACACCACCACACACGACUUCCCCGAAGGUGUGAGAGCUCUACUCAUAGACAAGGAUAACAGUCCAAAAUGGCAGCACAAAUCAUUGGCCGAGGUUGAUGAAGAUUAUGUUGAGGAUUUCUUCAAGAAGUUGCCUCAAGAUAAGGAACUGCAGUUCUUUGAUUCCAAAUUAUAGGCGUUACUUUGCAACAACUUUCCAAAUGUUCUACAAAUCUUUACUCUAACGACACUCAAUAUUGAGUGACCUCUUAUUAUUACAUCAGGCCGUCAGUUAUUUCUCAACCAUUUAUGAAAAGUUUUAUAAGCAUAACACAGCAUAACAUCUGUAUUAAAACUCAAGAGAAUGAACUAAUUAAAGUAGUUAUUAACUCUUAAAAAUGUUUAGAUAGGUGCUCAAGUGGAAAUAGAAACAUUUGUCAUGUAUGUGCACUCAAGUUUUGAUAGUUUUAUCUUCACCACAAUCUUCACCUCUCAGUAAGAACGGACAGUAUAAAUGUUUUUAUAUAUGCAUUUAAAUAGCAAUAUUUUUGUGCCUUUUUUUAUUUUAAUAUUAAAAUGCAGGUUUUGAUAUCGCUUAUUAGAAAAUGAAUUUAAUUAUAGGUACUUAAAUACAAUAAGAAUUUCAUAUUAUUCUAAUUUAGUUCCUAAUGCUGUUGGUAUAAGAACAAAUAUCGUAUAUUACUCUUUAUAACGAUUAUAUUCAUAUAAGAAAAAUAAUCACAAGACAAUAAAAUAUUUUUAUAACGAUUUUUGUAUAAAAUUAUUAUAAUUUGUUAAAAAUAAAAAAUUAAACUGUUAUGGCUAUAAUGUAUUUGGAAAAUUUAUAGGCUGUUUAUGGAAUCCUAUUGUGUAUCGUUUUUGCAUUUAUAUUGUAUAGUUAUAUAAUAAUUAUAGUGCAAUGAAGCCAUAAAAUCAGUUGGACUGAUUUGUUUAUUAAAUGUUUUUUACAUAUUCAA